AGACCAUGCUCUACACAAUGACAUAUUGGCUCCCAGUCCUGGUCCUCCACCUGAUCUUCCCGAGAACUGCCCCAGCCUGCCCGGCUCGCUGUGAGUGUGCCCCUCAGAUCAAGUCGGUCGUGUGCCAUCGCAAACGGCUCACCGCCAUCCCCGAGGGCAUCCCCACUGAAACCAAGAUCCUGGAGCUCAACAAGAACCGCAUCCGCUGCCUCAACCCCGGUGACCUCUCCCCGUACCCCUUGCUGGAGGAGCUUGAUUUCAGCGAGAACAUCAUUACCAAUGUGGAGCCAGGCGCCUUCAGCAACCUGUUCAACCUGCAGACCUUGCGGCUACGAGGGAAUCAGCUCAAGCUGAUCCCCACAGGAGUCUUCACCAAGCUGACCAACCUCACCCUCCUGGACAUUAGUGAGAAUAAAAUUGUCAUCCUGCUGGACUACAUGUUCCAGGACCUGCGAAACCUGAAGAGCCUGGAGGUAGGUGAUAACGACUUGGUGUACAUCUCCCAGAGAGCCUUCUCCGGGCUGCUCGGCCUGGAGCAGCUGACCAUCGAGAGAUGCAACCUGACCUCCAUCUCUGCGGAGUCACUAUCCUACCUCCAGAACCUAGAGGUGCUCCGGCUCCGACACCUCAGCAUCUCUGCGCUGGAGGACCAGAACUUCAAGAAGCUCUACAACCUCCUGCAGCUGGAGAUCGACAACUGGCCACUGCUGGAAGACAUCUCCCCAACCAGCUUCCAGGGUCUGAACCUCACCUCUCUCUCCAUCACCUACACCAACAUCACAGCUGUGCCCACAGCUGCCUUGAGGAACCUGGUGUACCUCAGGUACCUGAACUUGUCCUACAAUCCCAUUAGCACUGUGCUGAAGGGCUCCUUUAAAGACCUAAUUCGGCUCCAGGAGCUCCACAUUGUGGGUGCUCUCCUGGUGUCUGUGGAGCCACAGGCUUUCUCUGGCCUGAGACAAAUCCGUCUCCUCAACCUCUCCAGCAAUUUCCUCUCCACGCUGGAGGAGAGCACCUUCCACUCUGUCAACACCCUGGAGACGCUGCGUGUGGACAAGAACCCGCUCGCCUGUGACUGCCGCCUCCUCUGGAUCCUGCAGCGACGGAAGACGCUCAACUUUGACGGGCAGCAGCCCAUGUGCUCCUCACCACCCGAGAUACAGGGCAAUGCCCUGCGCGACUUCCCGGACUCCAUACUCUUUGAGUAUUUCACCUGCCAGAAGCCCAAAAUAAGGGAUCGGAAGCUGCAGCACAUCACGGCCCGGGAAGGACAGUCUGUCUCCUUCCUAUGCCGGGCGGACGGGGAGCCAGACCCCUCCAUCGUGUGGGUGUCCCCCCAGCACCGCAUGAUCACCACCAGAAGCACGGGGCGGGCGACCGUGCUGCCAGGGGGCACGCUGGAGAUCCGAUUUGCCCAGGUCCAAGACAGCGGCACCUAUAUCUGCAUCGCCAGCAAUGCCGGAGGCAACGACACCUACUUUGCCACCCUGACGGUCAAGGGGCAUCCGGCCGAUGGCUCCCCAUAUGCAAACCGGACUUUGUACCUCAGCGAGUUCAACGACACCUCCCACAAUGACACACAAGUCUUCUUAAAGUUUACACUGGACCUCAAGACCAUCUUGGUCUCCACGGCCAUGGGUUGCAUCACCUUCCUCGGGGUGGUGCUCUUCUGCUUCCUGCUCCUCUUUGUGUGGAGCCGAGGCCGGGGGCAGCACAAGAACAACUUCUCCGUGGAGUACUCCUUCCGUAAGGUGGAUGGCCCCACCACCACCACAGGCCAAGGAGGAGCCAGGAAGUUCAACAUGAAGAUGAUCUGAGCCUUUCUAAAGGAGAACCAUUCUCCUCUGCCU